AUGGUCAAAGCAGUGAUAUGGCGGGCCCUCAUGGCCGUAGGGAUGAAAAUUCACAAUUUCGCAGACCCCAAACCACCCUCGCCGACUUUCACACUGGUCAUCCCUUCGCGACUGAGUCCACGCGGAGGAUCCUUCAAAUUAGUCUUCUACGUCCCAGACGGAUACUUUGAUGCUCCUGAUGACUAUCGAUUUCCCGUCGUGGUCAAUUAUCAUGGAGGAGGCUUCACCUUGGGCACCGCCACUGAUGACGCGAGGUGGGCGGCUUGUAUAGUGAGGCAUGUCUAUGCCGUAUUCGUCUCCGUGGAGUACCGGCUCGCACCUGAAUAUCCUUUCAGCGUAGGAGUUGAGGAUGGCACCGAUGCAGUGAUAUAUCUGGCCUCGCAUGCCGAAGAGCUACAAAUUAAUCCGCACCAAAUGGCACUAUCCGGUUUCUCUGCUGGCGGGAACUUCGCUCUCACUGUGCCCCUUAUGCUCCAUGAUUUGCGGAACCACUCGGGGAGGCGCAUGCUAGGAAAGACCAACACUAAUCCCACUACAAAUCCACUUAACAAGCGGCGGCGCCUAGGGGAAGGAGAGGGAGACACAUUGUUACCCAUCCCAUCUGCACCGGCUUCGCCCCCCACCGCCGCCUUCACGCCAUCCUCUUCAACACUCUCCCUCCCCGUUCCUAGCCCAGUAUCCAGCCGUUCACCAACAGGUUCGGUCUACAAAUUAACGGACCUCCAACCUACCGCCCUCGAAGUGGAGCAAGCGAUCCCUGACUUGACGCUCAAAGCACUCGUGUCCUUCUACCCUCCAACAGACUUUCGAAUAUCGCGCGAGGAGAAGCGUAUUACAAAUCCUCAGCCCGGAAAGAAUCUCCCGCUCAUGCUGACGAGCCUCUUUGACGCAUCAUACAUGCACCAAGAUGGCGAUAUUGCUCUUGACGACCCGUACCUGUCCCCCGCCGCGGCAUCGGACGCCCUCCUAACAGAGGCAUAUCCGGAUGAGAUAAUUCUAUAUACCUGCGAAUACGACAUGUUAAACGCAGAAGGCACCGCAUUUGGCGAGAGGCUAGCCGCGCCGCCGAUAGCGAAGACAGUACAUGGCGGACUCAUCAAAUCAGUCGUCCAUGGGUUCGACAAGAAACCGAACCCGAUCAGCUUCCCAGCGUCGGCAGACCGAUGUUAUGCGGAAGCCUGCGCAGAAUUGAAGAGGAUAUUUGGCGGACCGACCAGUUUUGAGGAGAGGAGGCAGCUAGAGAAGAGUAAACCGGUUUACAGGUUUUCGGAUGAGAAUGAAAGGGGAGAGGAUGAGCCAGGAGAGGAUGGAGAUGGACACUUAAUUGAUAGGAGUGUGAAUGCUCCAGGUGAGAGUAGUAGAGCUGGCUUGGGCGCGCUGAUAUGA